UUGUGUGAUCCACUGUUUAGCUUUAGAACUUAAUCUGUCGAUAGAUAUUUAGUCGGGUUAUAUUAAUGAUCCGUUUAAAGACAAGAUUCGUCAGAUAGUCGCAGAACAGCGUCGGCCAGCAAGCUCUUCGCUAUCGUUUAGCUUCAUUAAAUAGUAUUUUGAAACUAAAAAGAAGCUAACGUUAGCUAGCAGUCAGUCUAUGUAAUGGCAGCUAAGUUAGCUAGCUAUGAGGACUAGCUGUGCUAUUCUUUGUUCAGCAGAUUGCUAUUUCAGCACUAAAAGAAAGCUCCAGCAAACAUGGUCGGAACGUUCGCAAAAUUAAUGCAAAUAUAAAAUAACGGUUGGAUUGUUUGCUACGUAUUAUUGACAUCAUGAAUGCAUGGACACAGUUGAUUUAGCAUUUACGUUACAUUCUCUCUCUCUCUCUUAGUUCACUAAACGUCAGUUAUUUAACUUCGUCUGAUUUAUUUGUAAUAUCAAGGCCAGUUUUACACUAGGAAGGAAGGAAAUAAUCAAGAGUUUAUUCGCAAAGAUGGACUAGUCGCCCGUCUGCAGAGCUGCGAACUGGCGUCUUCUCUGGAAAAUUAACCUGCAGAAACGUCAGCGAAAAAGACUAGUGUGCGUAGAAAAUCCCAGGAGAUCAGCAGUUUGUGAAAUACUCAAACCACCCUGUCUGCCACCAACAAUCAUUCUACAGUCAAAGAACUGCUUCAGACACUCACAAUGAGCAGCAGGAGGAAGCGCGCUCCUCCCGUGAGGGUAGAUGAGGAGGCGAAGAAGAGGCUGGACUGGAACAUGCACGAAGAUCGGAGGAAUGAAGGUGCAAUUAACUUGGAUGAUGACAACAAGCGGUCUUGGCUUCCGGAUCACCCACCGGCACCCCCGACUACAGCCUGGGAGGAAGCUGUGGAAGCCGGUUGUUCCACUUCAGCCCCAUCUACGCAAUUGGCCGAGGACGCCCUGUGCAUGCCCCCGGAUGCUGUUACGACCCUCUCACGCACUGUUCUUCCUGCUUCAGACCUAGACCUGGUCUGGAAGGCUCUGAUUGGAGAGUUCAGCCUCCAUCCCAGACAGUUCCCCUUGGAUGUGGGGAGUAGGAGGUUCACCCUUCAGAGGAGUGGCGAUCAGCUCUGCAUAAACUUCCUGGGUGAGAGCAAGGCAAGGAGCCCAGAGGAAAUUGGGCCUGUCAAUGAGCACUCUUUCCUUGUUGAGUGUUCUCUGAGUGGGGCAGUACUGGACGACCUGGAGUGGCUUCAGAGGAGGAGAGUAAUUCAGCUGUGUCACAAUCAAGGAGAUGUACACAUUAAGGUGGGGAUUUACGUUCUGGAGGCUUGCUUGGGACGGCCCGAGUUCCUGAGUGAGGGAAAUGGACGGAUCAGGAAAGCCAAUCAACUUCUGCAGAAACUGAUGGAGCUUUUUUAUGACUUCAUCAUCCCUGAGGUAGUUGAGAAUGAGGAAGAGGAGUGUGACACGGAUCUUGAGCGUCAGAAUGCGGAGGAGCUGUAUGACUAUGUCAGUCGCCUCCACCAGGAAGAGGGCCAGGAUUUGGUCUGUGAUGUCCAGCAUGAGGCCCUCAUACCUGUCCUCAGGCCCUACCAAUGCCAGGCUGUAAACUGGAUGCUGAAGAGGGAGAGGUACAAAGGUGUUGUCCCUCAAGAGAAAUCACUGCAUUUCCUUUGGAGGGAGGUGGUCACACUGUGUGAAAAGAAGCUGUACUACAACCCGUAUACAGGCUGUCUGAUCAGAGAGUUCCCCCUGGCAGGGGUGAACUGGCCAGGUGGGAUCUUGGCAGAUGAGAUGGGCCUGGGCAAGACGGUGGAGGUUCUGGCUGUGAUUCUGUUCAACAUGCGCCAGGGCCUGGACCAAGGUGGCCUCACUCUUCCUGAAGGACAGUCAGUCAACUAUUUUGUCCCCACUCCACCAAAAGAAAGAGAGAGAAAAGAUUAUUUCAAGCGGGAGAUAAGACCGAAAGAAAAGGUGUACUAUCCUCCUGUACGUGUGAUGCUUCUCACUGCUAUAAAGGAGAUGAGGGUUGGGAAAGGUGCCUCUGUGAAUGCCAUUUUUGCCUACAUCCGUGCCACAUACGGCUACGACCUUCUGAAGAAUCGUAACCACAUCAAGAAGACUUUGGCCAAGCUCAUCAAGGAGGAAAUGGUGGACCAGGUCAAAGGCCGUGGGCUGGCAGGGUCAUUCAAGCUCGGAAAGAAAUACAAAGAUACGAAAAAAAGGAGUGGCGCUGUGAAACCUAAGCCUUCCAACCUAGAUGGCGGGCGUAAAAGGAUGACCCGCAGGUGCUCAGGGCUGGGGAAAGAGUCAAUGGUGGACUCUGAGACCACAGGGGAGCGCUCUACUCAAGCAGAUACCGUCGACAGCUCUGCCCCACUUAGCUCCUCUGUAGGAGCUCAUGGUGACUGCUCGAAAGACAGGUGCUUGGAGGAAGAGCAGGGUGAGGGUGAACCACACAUCCAAGCUCAGGACUCCCAGCUCACCAGUGUUCUAGCAGUUGGGGCACAGCCCCCCCCCAUCGGAGCCAACAAUGGCCCGAGUUCCACCUCUGUGAGGGAAAGUGAACCAGAGGUAAAACCCACCCCAGAGGGUAUUUUGGGGAGGCCUUCGUGCCUCAGUGAGAGUGCACCUUCUAUAUGGCCCUCAGUGGGCCUCCCCUUCAACACCCUAGGCUACCGCUUCGAAUGUAUCUGCGGGGAGCUGGGCCUGGUGGACUAUAAGGCACGUGUGCAGUGCCUGAACUGCCUGCUUUGGCAGCAUGCCGAGUGCGUCAACUACAAGAAGGAGAGCGUGGGCACCACCCCCUUCUACUGCCCCCACUGCCUGGUGGCUAUGAUGCCCGUGCCUUCUGGCGCCACCCUAAUCAUCUCUCCAAGCUCCAUCUGCCACCAGUGGGUGGAGGAGAUCAACCGCCAUGUUCGCUGUUCCUCCCUGCGAGUCCUGGUGUACCAAGGUGUGAAGAAGCACGGGUUCAUCCAGCCCCAUGUCCUGGCCGAGCAGGACGUAGUCAUCACCACCUACGAUGUGCUCCGCUCUGAGCUGAACUACGUAGACAUUCCCCACAGCAACAGCGAGGACGGACGCCGAUUCCGUAACCAGAAGCGAUACAUGGCCGUGCCCAGCCCUCUGGUAGCUGUGGAGUGGUGGCGUGUUUGUCUGGAUGAGGCCCAGAUGGUGGAGUGCACCACCGCCAAGGCUGCAGAAAUGGCAUUGCGCCUCACCUCCAUCAACCGUUGGUGUGUUAGUGGUACUCCAGUGCAGAGAGGCCUGGAAGAUCUAUACGGACUGGUUUUGUUCCUGGGUGUGGACCCAUACUGGGUGAAGUACUGGUGGGACCAGCUGCUGUACCGACCGUAUCGCCGGGGGAACACUGAGCCUCUCUACCACCUCAUUGGCCAGCUCCUAUGGCGGUCUGCUAAAAAAGAUGUCAUUGAUCAGAUUCAGAUCCCUCCACAGACAGAAGAGGUCCACUGGCUGAACUUCUCACCGGUCGAGGGCCACUUCUACCAUCGGCAGCACGAAGUCUGCUCCCAGGAUGCCCUGGUGAAGCUCAGGAAGAUCUCCGACUGGACCCUGAAGCUAGGCAGUCUGGACCGCCGCACAGUCAACACCAUCCUGUACCCACUGUUGCGGCUGCGGCAGGCCUGCUGCCACCCACAGGCAGUGAGGGGCGAGUUCCUACCCUUCCAGAAGAGCACCAUGACAAUGGAGGAGCUUCUGAAGUCCCUGCAGAAGAAGUGCAGAGUUGAGUGUGAAGAGGCACACAGACAGUUGGUGUGUGCUCUCAACGGCCUGGCAGGAAUCCACAUCAUCAGAGGUGAAUUUCUGACAGCAGUGGAGUUCUACAGAGAUGUGCUGCGCUCUUCUGAGGAACACAAAGACAGACUGAAAACCGACUCACUCCAGAGGCUGCACGCCACACACAAUUUAAUGGAGCUACUGAAUGCAAAGCACCCUGGGAUACCUCCAACUCUAAGAGAUGAUCGCUUGAAAGAGGAGGCCGAGCAGCUGCGGCAACACUACAUGACCAAGUCCAACUCUGAAGUGUCAGAAGCAAGGGAAGCCCUACAGCCUGUGCUGCUGAGCAUCAAAGAGCUCAAACGCAAGGUGGAUCAGCGCUCCCCCUGGUGGUUGGAUGUCAUUCAGCGGGCAAUCCAGUGUUCCAUUGAUGAUGACCUAGUCCUUCGCAUACAGAAUGAGCUGACAUGCAGUUACAAGCAGGAAGCCAAGAAGAUCUCCAUGGCAGACAAGUUCCGGGAUGGAAGGGGUCUGCAGUUCUUGCUUAGCUCGCUGAUGGAUGACUUGAUGAAGUCCCAGAAAACUGUGCAGGAUGCCGUGAAAAAGCUGGAGGGCCCACCCUCAAAGGAGGUGAUUGAGGAGGCCACCAUCUGUCACUUGAGGCCUGUUCGCCUGCCACUCAACAACUGUGUGUUCUGCAAAGCUGACGAGCUCUUCACUGACUACGAAUCCAAGCUGUUUUCCCACACUGUGAAGGGUCAGACUGCCAUCUUCGAAGAGAUGAUCGAGGACGAGGAGGGCCUGGUGGAUGACAGGUUGCCCACAACAAGCCGUGGCCUAUGGGCGGCCAGUGAGAUGGAGCGGGCACUCAAGGCCGUCCUGUCUUUCGGCAAGGCACGGCGCAUGGACCAUGCCCUGGUGGAAGAGGGCAACACCUUCAUGGAGCUUUUUGAGACCUGGAAGAAAGAGUACAAGCUGCUGCACGAGUACUGGAUGGUGCUGAGGGACCACGUGUCAGCGAUCGAUGAGCUGGGUAUGGCCACGGAGCGACUGCGUGUUCGCCACGCGGAUGAGCCCAAGCCUAAAGUUUUGCACAUCAUCGAGCCGCAUGAGGUGGAGCAGAAUCGUGUGAAGUUGUUGAAUGACAGAGCCCUGGCAAAAUCGCAGCUACAGAAGAAAUUAGGGCAGUUUCUAUACCUCACAAACCUUGAGAAGUCUCAAGACAAAUCCACUGGGGGCUUGAACCCGGAGCCAUGCCCCAUCUGUGCACGCCCACUUGGACAACAGUGGGCAGUCUUGACGUGCGGGCACUGCUUCUGCAACCAGUGCAUCGCUAUCAUUGUGGAGCAGUACAGUGUGGGCACCCGCCGCCGUGCCAUCAAGUGCGCCAUCUGUAGGCAGACCACCUCCCACGCCGAGAUCUCCUAUGUCUUCACCACCCACAUGGCCAGCCAGGGGCAGGACAUCCCAGUCAAGGGAAGCCAUUCAACUAAGGUAGAGGCAGUGGUGAGAGCUCUUAAGAAGAUCCAGAUUACAGACCCAGGUGCCAAGUCACUGGUCUUCUCAACGUGGCAAGGUGUUCUGGACAUCAUUGCUCAAGCGCUGUUUGACAACAACAUGGAGUUUUCUCAAAUCAAUGGUAUUCACAAGUUCCAGGAGAACCUCUCUUCCUUUAAGUACCAGGAAAAUAUCAACAUCCUACUGCUCCCAUUACAUACGGGGUCAAAUGGUCUCAACAUCAUCGAGGCUACGCACGUCCUGCUGGUGGAGCCCAUUCUUAACCCCGCCCAUGAGCUGCAGGCCAUUGGCAGGGUCCACCGAAUCGGCCAGACCAGGCCCACUUUUGUUCAUAGGUUCCUCAUUAAAUCCACAAUAGAGGAGCGAAUGCAGGCCAUGCUGAAAACAGCAGAAAAAAGUCAUGGCACCACUGCAAUGAAACAUUCUGAAGCCUCGGAGCUGACGGUGGCUGACCUAGCGGAUCUCUUCACGGAAGACACAGAGGCACUCGAGUGACCAGGGUCACCGAGGCUGAGGUGCGCCCACAAGUAGCACCACAUCAUUGGGCCAAAGCAUGCGGGAGGACAGAGGGUAUAGCAGUGCUGGUUACUGGAAAUCCACAGAUGUCACCCGUCUACAUACUGUACCUACACCAAUUCUAUUUGAAUCAUCAGACAAUAAUUGUACCUUUGAUUGGCUUGGAACAUGAAUCACCUGCCAUUCCAGCUAAAAGGCGCUUCUAUAAACCCUCAGGGCCACGGAUCUCCAGGCCAAGAGAUAAUAACCUCUGGCUUGUUGAGGUGAAGAAAAAAUAUCAGGUAUGCACUGAAGAGAAAGAAGAGGACAUUUGAGAUGUUUUUAAUAUCCAGCAGCACGUAAUGUUCAGUGCCUGCUUUAAGAUCUAAUGAACAUUCCAGUUUUGAAAAUAAUUGCCCUUGUGCAUUUACAUAAAUGUCCAUUUGAUUGGAAUACAGUGUUUGCUUGUGUUUGUCUCUAAUCAUGCAUUGUUGCCUACACAUUGGAAGAACCUAUUUGCACUCAGUCUCACUCCCUUACCUUCCCAGGACUCCUUUAUUGUGCUUUAAUUCAAUUUGUAUUUUGACGCUUCACUUAAAGUUGUACAGAGCUUUAUGUAAGUGCAGAAACGAGGCAACCCUGGUCUUCGAUUUCUGAAGUAUGUAGGAAUGGUGAAAUAGUAGAUAGCUUGAUCACCUACCUGUAAAUUAAUUAACCAUAAAAACUGGUGCAGUGCUAAAAAGUUUAAAUUACCUCCAGACAGUGCUUGUCAAGUGUAGCCCACAGAAGAAGAUAUAAACAUCAGUGUAACAGAUAAUUCCGUGGAGAACAUUUUGUGGAAUCAUUUUAUUUCAAGGUCUGUGAUAAUUGCUACUCUGAUAUUGGGUUUGAAGAUGAACACCUAUGUUAAUGAUGUCCUCAUGUCCAAAUCAUGAUAAGCAAACAUUCCUUUUAAAAUCUGCAGAAAUGUGUUUGUAGUGGUCUGAUUAAACAAAUAAAAAAGAAUAAAAAGACACAUUGAAGUUGCUGUGACUUCAAAAUAAAAUGUUCAAUAUCACUUCCUAUCAUAGGUGUACAUUUAUCUUUCAGAAGAUAAAAUAAUAAUUUUGCUUUUCAAGUUGGCGUUUUGGGCGGCACGGAUGGUGCAGUGGGUAGCACUGCCGCCUCACAGCAAGGAGGUCCUGGGUUCGAAUCCCCGUCGGCCGGGGCCUCUCUGUGUGGAGUUUGCAUGUUCUCCCCGUGUCUGCGUGGGUUUCCUCCGGGUACUCCGGUUUCCUCCCACAGUCCAAAGACAUGCACGUUAGGCUGAUUGGAGAGGUAUGAGUGUGUGAGUGAAUGGUGUGUGUGCCCUGAGAUAGACUGGCGACCUGUCCAGGGUGUCUUCCUGCCUUUCGCCCAAUGUAUGCUGGGAUAGGCUCCAGCCCCCCUGCGACCCUGAUCAGGGUAAGCGGGUUCAGAUAAUGGAUGGAUGGAUGGAAGUUGGCAUUUUGUGACAGGAGGGGAGGGGCAGUCUGCAGUCUGGGUUGUAAAAAUGUUGGGGAAGGAAGCCGUUGGCCCUUUACAACUUAACUUACAACUCUAAGCUUUGUGUAAUCACCUUCCAUUCAGUGUCUCCUUUGAGUGUGUCGUCUGGGGGAAUGACAAUCAGAUCUAACAUUCUGGAGCUUGGUCUUGUUUGCAACACAAUACACUCUGUGAUUCAGUGUCCAUAAAACCUUUCCUAUAAAGUCUACUUGUAAAUUGCAGGAAAGGUGGAAAGUAAAAACAAACAUUAUUUUUCCCCUGAACAGGGAGGUGAUUGGAGGCUGACAAUGUUUGGUGAUAGAGAUCUGACCAACCUGAAAAUGUAUUAGAAAAAAUGUUUUGAAAUUUGUUAAAAUUUGUGGCAUUUUUAAAUUGCAAUGCAAUAAUUCCUUUUUUGAACUGUGAUCUUAAAGAGACCAAAUUAGAUUGUAUUUCACUUUUAUGGUAAUCAUGUACCAAUAAACUAAAUAAAUUCAGUUUUCAACUUGGUAAACAGGUUAAUUGAACCUUGAAUGUUAAAUGAAGCAUUAAUUCAGCUAUUCAUUUAUUUUAACAAUUCAAAUUUAUGAACUCACUGUCGAUCAUUGUACUCCUGGAAGGGGACCCAGGAAGCGCUGCACAGGUUACAGACCUCCUUUCUUCUUCUGCAUCCAAAGCUGGCAAUAAAUGUCUGGCCCUUUUGAGUCAUGUUACUGUCAUUAUCUGCUGUGAAUAAUCCGCACUAAGAAGAGAGGGCAGUUGUUUGCAUGCUUUGACAAAGCUUGUAGCAUUAUAAAUGUUAUAUCUUGAUUAAUUUUAAUAUGUGAAUGUCAGUGGCCGAGGUAUAGGUGGAGCAGCCGGUGCAGAGAAUGGGGGGGGGCACAAAUAUGAUCUUGACACGCCCUUAAUAGGAUUCAAAAUAGUUCUAGUAGGCCCUUAGGAACCUUCGAAGUAUGGGCCGACUUCACAAGGAAUGUUCAUAGAGCGGAAGUAAACAGAUACAGUGCAUCGCCUCUUCCAGUUUCACAGAACUUCAAAUGCAAAACUGGUGCAAUCGAAAGGAUUCUAUUAUCUAGGCAAAAGCCAUCUAAUGCUUUUACUGAAGUAAAAUAGGCCAAAAUUGUGCAGCAAAUUGUGGGGACAAAAUAAAUCUUGCACUGGGGCCCAUCAUAACACGCCUCCGCCACUGUGUGAUGUUAUAUGAUGUGCUUGUCAGUCCUGCAAUAAUUUUAAGCUCUCCUACAAAUUUAUAUUCAGCAAUGAAGAUGCUGUGAAGUUUUUAUGUAAUGAAGGAACUUGGGAAAUAAAUGGAAAAAUUGAA